AUGGCUUCUAGCAGCAAGCAGCCCAUGGAUCUUGCAGAUGAGUAUUCGGCCAUGUCUUUAAGAGAUGACGAGGAGUUUGAAUUCCCCAUCGAAGAGGGUACUGCAUCUGACUUUCUGGUCGAGACUCCUUUCAUUCUUGCUGGGAAACUUCUUACUGAGAAACCAACACGUUUCAACUACCUGAAAGACACAAUGGCUUCUAUCUGGAGGCCUAAGAAAGGAAUGAUGGCAAAGGAAGUCUCGUCUAAUAUGUUUCUUUUCUACUUCGUCCAUGAACUUGAUAUCAAGAAGAUCCUCGAGGGAGGUCCCUGGUCUUACGACCAGAACCUGCUGCUCCUCAAACAGAUUGAACCAAAUGUGCCACCUCAGGAGAUCCAGCUAACCACUGCUGACUUCUGGGUUCAAGCUUUCAAUAUUCCGUCAAGCAUGCAAACCAAGAAAACAGCUGAGAUGGUCGGAGCUUUCCUUGGUUCUUUCAUAAAAGUUGACGAAAACAAUCUGGACGGCCUCUGGAAAAGCUUCAUGCGUAUAAGAGUUCAAAUGAACAUUACAAAGCCUCUAAAAAGGAAAAUGAAGGUCAAACCUCCCGGGGGAGACACCUUUUACAUUGAGUUCAAAUACGAGAGGCUAGCUACUUUCUGCUUCAUUUGUGGCCUGAUUGGGCACAACGAAAGAUCAUGUGAUGAGCUCUUUGAAGGUAGAUCGGAAAUUCUCGCAAGGAAUUAUGGACCGGAACUUCGAGCCACCGGUAGGAGAUCCCAACCAAGCGCAGGCCAACCUUGGAUGCUCUUAGAGUUACCUCGCCAGCAGAUUACUGAGGAAACAAAAAAGUCCACUUUUACUCCUGACAACGACACAACCCACGCUGACAUUCCUUAUGAGGAAAUCAACGUUCAAAGAGCACAGAGUGAUCCUCAGAAUAUAGCCAUGCAGUCUGGAGCCGUGCAGCACAUUAAUGAAAGGCUGACAUCUAUUGGCAGUAAUUCAAUGAAACCUCACAACAAUUUAAUGCAACCCCCUACGGCUCCCAACAACAAUGGGUUUGUCCUUUGGCCCAUUCCUGGUUGUUUCAAUGAUGCUAAUAACCCACGCCAAGCGGUUCAAACUCUGGAGAAAGUACCUGAUCGUGACCGAAAGAGGAAAAAGAAUGACAAUGUUGAGGAGGGGGAAACCCAUAUGGAAUUGGAGCAGGAAGAUGUUUUUGAUGAUGGGUCAAAAAACUUGUUGGAGGCGGGACCUAGUUCUCAGGCCCGCCUAUUUCAAUGA